CAUAAACGAACAACAUUGAAUUUUUAUUAUGAAAAUUUAUCUCAAGCUUCUCAAGCUGAAAUUGAAAUACCAGAAAAUAUAUCAGAUUUUAUUUUUCAACAAAAAAGAGAUUUAAAUGAAUAUUUUUUUGUUAGCUUUUAUGCAACUACACGUCUUUACAAUAUUUGGACGAGUGGACACUCUAUUAUCC